UGCUUCUCCAAUCCGUUUCGAUGCCAGAAUUAUUGAGUGCCUGAACUUCAAAGAACUUAACCGAAUCGGUGGGAAUUGAAAUCUAACUCUAAUUAGGAAAAUAUGUUCACUGCCGAGGCUUCCAAUGAUAAGCCAAGUUACGCCAUUUUCUUUGGCGGCAUGGGUGCUACAACGGCCAUUGUGUUCUCCGCAUUGGGUGCUGCCUACGGGACAGCUGCUUCGGGCAUUGGCAUUUCAUCAAUGGCGAUUGGCAAGCCGGAAAUGAUUAUGAAGUCCAUGAUACCUGUGGUGAUGGCGGGCAUUAUAGCUAUCUAUGGUUUGGUUGUGGCUGUGCUUAUCGCCGGAUCCAUAGAUAAGGACUACACCAUUCAGAAGGGGUACGUACAGUUUGGAGCUGGACUAGCCGUUGGACUGGCCGGACUGUGCUCGGGAAUAGCGAUUGGUAUUAUAGGGGACUCCGGCGUGCGUGGAGCAGCCGAGCAGCCGCGCCUUUUCGUUGGCAUGAUCCUGAUUCUUAUAUUUGCGGAAGUGUUGGGCUUAUAUGGCUUGAUCGUAGCUAUUUAUCUCUACACCAAAUUUUAG